UGCCACUAUUGCUCUGACGCUUGCUGCAGCCGCUCAGCCGCAAUCGGCUCUUAACUUUGCCGUGCUCACGGGAUGAUAAAGGCGCUUUAGCAAAGUCGCGAGUGCAGCCUCAGCCUUGUCCACCACAUCUAACAGUCCGCCUACUCAACCCCCACGGUGUCCAGGAUCUCCCCUUCGAGCUGGCCAGAGCGCCCAACCCAAUGGUCGUCAUGGGGAAUUGCAUGAGCGCAAACGGGGAGGAGUCGGAGUCGAGGAGACGGAGCAAUAAAAUCGACAGGGAACUCGAGGAAGACUCUAAGAAGUUGCGGAAGGAGUGCAAGAUCCUGUUGCUCGGUUCGGGUGAGAGCGGAAAGUCGACGAUCGUGAAGCAGAUGAAGAUCAUCCACCUCAAGGGUUAUUCACAAGAAGAGCUGGCCAGUUACCGCCCAACCGUGUACAAGAACCUGCUGGAAUGUGCGAAGGCGCUAUGUAGCGCCAUGCGCGAGUUUGAGAUCGAGCCGGUGCUGGACGAGAAUAAAGCAUAUUGCGACUUCUUGCUCGAUUACUCGCUGGACGCGAAUCCGCAGGCCAGGAUUGACCCCCGAGUGGGUGCGGCGGUCCAGUCGAUAUGGAACGAUCCGGCAAAGGACCGCCUGAUGGAGAGACAAACCGAAUUCUACCUCAUGGACUCGGCCGAAUAUUUCUUCCAGGAGGCUGACAGGAUCGUCUCUCCGAACUACCUCCCCACCGAGAUGGAUGUGCUGCGGGCACGAACAAAGACGACGGGCAUAUAUGAGACGAGGUUCAAGAUGGGACAGCUGAGCAUUCAUAUGUUCGACGUGGGUGGGCAAAGGAGUGAACGCAAGAAGUGGAUCCACUGCUUCGAGAAUGUCACAUCUAUCAUAUUCUGCGUUGCCCUGAGCGAGUACGACCAGGUUCUGCUGGAAGAGAGCAGCCAGAACCGUAUGAUGGAGAGUCUGCUGCUAUUCGACUCGGUUGUCAACUCAAGGUGGUUCAUCAGGACGAGCAUUAUCUUGUUCCUCAACAAGGUCGACAUCUUCAAGCAGAAACUCGGGAGGUCGCCAUUAAGCAGCUACUUCCCGGAUUACUCAGGCGGGAACGACGUCAACAAGGCGGCGAAGUACCUGCUCUGGAGGUUUAACCAAGUCAACCGAGCGCAUCUCAACCUCUACCCACACUUGACGCAAGCCACCGAUACUUCCAACAUCCGGCUCGUGUUCGCCGCUGUCAAGGAGACGAUCCUUAACAACGCGCUUAAAGACUCCGGCAUCCUCUGACAUCUCACGACAUCUUUCAGCUCAUAUUUUAAAGGUCGAUCUCGUACGCCACGACGUAGCGACUUCAUUUACUCACUACUUAACUCGAUUUCCGGGGCUGGCAACUCAUGCAUGAUAACGGCGUUGGAGGGGCAACUUCACGAUCUUUUCUACUUUUUGGGCACCGAUCGAGCACGACGAUACAGUGU